GUCAAACAUCGGGCGAAAGCGGGGAGGGAGGAGCACCAUUCUAUAAUCUGUGCGCGGCUCAGUCAUUUUGUCAACAUAAAAUAAAUGUUUGAAUUUUCAACAAAAAAUCUUUGGGAAAGAAGAAAAAAAUCAAAAUCAAUCACUUUUCCAUGGGACAACACAGAAUCCUACUAAUUUUACACGUACUUAAGUAGGUCACUCUUGUUUUGAGCAGAUUUCACCUUGGGCUUUGAACCGGGCACCUGGCUCACGCCGGGAGCAGCCCGGUUUUAAAAUCGAAAGCAAUUAACUUUCAGUCGAUGCAAAACACCUCAACACGGGCGCCCGGGCGAUAUUAAUCGAACCCCCUCACUGGCCCGAUGAGAGCCAGCUCAAAGUGCCACGACUCCAUUUAAAGGAAGAGGAUUCCCAGACGAACUGUCUGAGAGAUAAUUUGGGGAAAUAGCUGCAUAUUUUACUUCAGAUUGAAAGAAAUUCAACGACAAAAUCCGUGCUUCUUCAACCGCCCCCAGAAGCGGUCUACAGUAGCUACAUCAGCAGAUAUAUAUAAAAAAAUAAGGACAGCUAACCUGUCAUAGUGGUCAUCAUGGAUCUGUAUGACCCUCAGACGCUAGGCAUCAUGGUAUUUGGAGGCUUCAUGUUCAUCUCAGCCCUUGGCAUCGUCCUGGUCUCCACCUUCUCCAUGAAGGAGACCUCGUAUGAGGAGGCUCUGGCCCAGCAGCGUAGAGAGCUGGGCAAGAUGGCACCUCCCAGCCAACUGACCAAGAAGGACAAGAAGAAGGACAAGAUAUCUGAGAAGAAGAACCGUGGUAAGAAGAAAGAUGACAAGCCCAAUGGGAAGCUGCCGGAAUCGGAACCAGAGGAGUUCCCAGUGGCCGUACCUGAACCAACCCCAGCCCCAGAAAGAGUCACUGCUCCUGCCCCAGCCCCAGAAAGAGUCACUGCUCCUGCCCCAGCCCCAGAAAGAGUCACUGCUCCUGCCCCAGCUCCAGCCCCUGAACCAACCACUCACCCUGCUCCAGUUCCCACUGCCGUAGAGGCCCCACCUGCCCCAGUUCCCACUGCCGUAGAGGCCCCACCUGCCCCUGCACCAAAGGAGAAGAAGAAGAAGGAGAAGAAGGUGGCUAAGGUAGAGCCAGCUCAGGCGACCACCACCCCCAUUGCCCCCUCCAAGCCUGCACCAGUCCUGGAGGCUGUCACCAAGGAGGUCCCUGUGAUGGCAGUGCCCCCAGUGGGCUCCCAGCCGACUGCAGCCAAGGCUCAGGAGGCCAGGGCUCAGGAGGCCAGGGCUCAGGAGGCCCAGAACCCUUCUAAGAAGAAGGCAUCUUCCAAGAAAAAAGCUGAGUCUGCCAUACCAGUGGACUCUGGUCUGGUCCCCCUGUACCUGCCCUACAGGGCCCUGGUCUCUACCGUUAGCAGUAUGGUGAUCAGUCAGGGAGAGGCCCAGCGCCUCAUAGAGAUCCUGUCUGACAAGGCUGGCAUCAGACAAGACACCUGGCAGAUGGCUACUCAGAAGGGCGACCCGGUGGCUGUGAUGAAGAAACACUUAGAGGAGAAUCAGAAACAGCUGGCAACUCAGCAAGAGGACGCCACCGCAGCCAAGAACAGACUGAGGGAACUCACCAAGGAGCUGUCUGCUGAGAAGUCCAAGGUGGCCAGUGUGGAAACCAGGCUGAGCUCCCAGCUCUCGUCCAGGGAGCAAGAGAUGAUCGCUCUGCAGGCUCGGAUGCAGGCCUCCUACCAGGACCACGUAGCACAGACCCAGAAACUCACCGCUAAGGUCAUCAGUCUUCAGGAGCAGUUGGAGUCAGGUCCCACUGCCCAGCUGGCUUGUCUGCAGCAAGAGAACUCUAUCCUCAGAGAUGCCUUGAACCAGGCCACCAGCCAGGCAGAGAGCAAACAGAAUGCAGAGCUUGCCAAGCUGAGAGAGGACUGUGCCAGACUGACCAAGGAGCUGGGGGAGAGGAGUGAGAGCCUUCAAGCUGAUGAGAAGGUCAAGAGAGGGCUGGAGACUAAGGUGUCUUCUGUAGAGAAACAACUUACUCUACUGCAGGCCAGCCGUGUAGAGAGUGAGCAGGUGCUGCAGAGGAGGUUGGAGGAGGUUAGUGAAGAGUUGAGGAGUUCACAGAGCACCCUGGAGAAAGCCCAGCAGGACGCUACCUCCCUCUCAGACAUCCAGGUCCAUCUGGGCAGGAUAGAGGCUGAUCUGAAAGAGCGUAGUGCCCAGGUGGAGGCCCUAACAGCCCAGCUGGAGCAGACCGAGCUGGAGAAGGGACAACUGGAGGAUCAGGUAGAAUCCAUCAACGUACUGCUGGAGGCCAGCCACAACAGAGACGUGGACGAGGACACGGAGAUGUGGAGUUGGUCUUUUCUCAACAACACCAAUCAUUUAUCUUCCAGUCUUCAGGACAGAGACAGUCAGUUGGCAUCACUCCAACAGGAGCUGAAGCAGCUCCAAGAAAUGAAACAGGAGGCUUCUGCAGUUGCUACAGCUGAGACCGAGCGCCCACCUAACAGUGAGGAAGCAAGCCUGGUGACAUCACUUCAGGAAGAACUGAAGCAGCUUAAAGAAGAGAUGGAGCAACUUAAAAACUCCCCCGCUGAUGUCACUGGAGAGACGGAACAGCUACUCAACAGAAUGAAGGAGAGAACGAGUCAGGAAGUGAAGCAACUCAAAGAAACAUCAGAGCAGGCCCAGAGCAGCACUGCUCAAUCCGACAACACCGCAGAACUGGCGGUGCUACAAACCAGUCUGGCAGAGAGGGACGCUAUGAUGGCAUCACUACAGGUGGAGCUAAGGGAAGCCAGGGACCAAUCGCAGAAGGUACAGGAGACCCUCGCUCAGGUCCAGCAGAGCCAGGAAUCAGAGCCUAGCACAGAGCUGCCGGAGCUGUUGGAGAAACUUAAGGAAGCAGAGGACAGCCACGGGACACUGCAGGCAGAGUGUGACCAGUACAGAACAGUCCUGGCUGAAACAGAAGGAAUGCUGAUGUUCCUUCAGAAGAGUGUAGAGGAGGAGGAGCUAGUGUGGAAAUCCAAGAUUGCUGACUCUGAGGACCAGUUGAAGAAGGCCCUGGAACAAGUGCACACUCUGAAGGAGACUGCAGAGAGCUUGAAGGCAGAGAACCAAAGCAUAGAACAGCUGAAGGAGCAGUUGAUGCUGUUGGAAGCCCAGUUGGAGAAACAGUCGGAGACCGCCCCGACAGAGGAGGAAAUGGCACCGGUCAGAGGUCAGCUGAGCGAGGCGAUGAUGUGUGCUCAGAGCCAGGAGGUAGUCCCUGAAACCAGGGCACAGAACAGCCAAUCAGAGCCUGAGCUCAAGGUCCAGUCCCAGUUGAAUCAGACCACAGAGGAGUUUGAACAGGCUCAGAAGACAGUUGCAGAGCUCCAGGCUCAGCUGGACCUGCUGAAAGAGGCAGGAGACUCCCCACAGGCUGACACAGAGGACGUAGCCCAGCUAAAGGAGCGCCUGCAGAAAGAGAGAAAACUAAUCAAAGAUCUUGGCCAAGCAGCCACCAAACUCCAGCAGCUCUUAAAGUCCACUCAGGAGCAGCUUGCCAAAGAGAGGAACAAACACCGCACACUACAGGACCACUCUGAUGAGACCAAGAGCACAGUGCUGAAGGAAGGAACGUCUGUUUAAGAGACUGAAGACAAGACAUUAAAACAUUCCAAAAAGGCCUUCAUAUGAUUACUAUUACCAUAGUUAUGCAUUCCAAAACCAUUCUUAUUUCUUUGUACUGUAGUAGUUGAUUUCUGCAACUCCUGUAAGAAUCAAAGGACCAGUUUCCCAGACACAGAUGCAUGGCCAAUGGAGAAUCUCCAUUUAAAAUAACUUUUUAGUCCAGGACUAGGUUUAAUCUGUGUCUGUGAAACCGGACCAAAAUGUUUAGCUAUUGCUAUGAACAUUUCAUUGUAUGAUCUAUGAUGAGGAAAAAAAGACUAUGCUGCAAACAAAACUUUGUUGAAGAAAAAUCUCCAUUCCAUCAAUGACUCUGGCUAUGUCAGAAGUUCUACCGAAUACUAGCUUUGGUCCAGGGCAUUAGUGCACGUUCCUCCACUACGCCCUGUAUCGCUAUCGAUUAACGCCCUGGACCAGAGUUAACCUAUUACCUACUCUGCCUUAUAUUCACAAUGACCCCCCCCCCAACCAGAGUCCAGUGUUAAAAGGGAAAACAAUUGUGCGUUAAUGCGUACAUCGACCUGUGCAAUUACUUUGUUUGUAUCCAAAAUGGCACCCUAUUCCCUAUAUAGCACACUACUUUUGACCAGGGCCCUCGACGAAACGCAAUGGGCCCUUGGUCAAAAGAAGUGAACUAUAUAGGGAAUAAAUAUGGUGCCAAUUUCGGACACACAUUUUGUGUGUGUCUUUUCUAAGAGGUUGGUUGAAUGGUGGGUAGAUUUUAUGGUACACACAAUGGAUGGGUGAAUGCAAUACAGUGAGUGCCUCCUUCAGUACUGUGUGCGCAGUAGCUGGCUGCCAACACACAUGAAUGACUUUGAUAAAGAAUAAACUACAAUGUAGCUAUG